CUCGUAUAAACAAAACCAAAUACACAUCACUCUCUCAAGUCUUUUACACCAGCUUCUUCCUCACCUUUUAACCCUCUUUUAACAUGGCGGAGCGAUUUACAGAAAGUCAGAUUGAUGGGUUCAAAGAGUGCUUCUGUUUAUUUGAUGGUGAUAGUGAUGGUAUGGUUACAGAGAGUGAAUUGGCCCUGAUUAUGAGAUCCUUAGGAGAAAAUGUAACACAUAAUGAAAUCAGAGCAUUUAUGAAGAAAGCAGGGAAACAAAAGGUGCGGUUCCCAGAAUUCGUAAGGAUGAUGGCAGAACAAGAAGGCAAGAACAUCAAUACAGAGCAUGAAAUUCUUGCUGCUUUUUUGGCUUUGGAUAGGAAGAGAACUGGUUCUGUGACGAGGAAGCAACUGCAGCGUCUGAUGACAGAGACCGGUGAUAAGCUUACCUCUGGAGAAUGUAAAUAACUCUUUUAGCAAAUUUGAAUUGGAGGCCUUCGUGCAAAAAGAGCGUAUAUAGCAUUUUGGGCCGAUUUUUAGUUUUUACAGGAUCCAGCUAAUUUUUGGCAGACU